GUUAUUCGGCAAAGCGGUCACAACUUUAGCAGACUAGAUGUCGAUACUCGUCCAUGUGUGUAUCGAUAUACGAUGCCUCUAGGUAUUUAUAAGACUCAGUUCGCUCACACACGGGUCACUCUAUGUUUGUAAUGAUACUGAGUCCUCUGAUGUCGUUGCUAAUCUGAGAUGUUGACGACAACGAGAAUUGGUGUAGUGCUCCUUACUAUAUUGUUCAAUGGUCUGACAUGCACAGAUUCAAUUCAGCCUAAUCCGUGCAUGCCUUCGUUAACUCACGAAGACGAUAUAUUCGAUGAUAUUUUACCAAACACUAUAUUACCAAGAAACUACAACAUAACUCUGAAACCGAACGAUGACAUAUUUUAUGGGACAGUUAGUAUACAUAUUGAAGUAAUUGAACCGACCUCAGUCAUAUCUUUUCACUUGCAAAAUCUAAAAAUAGAUUAUGAAAGUAUCACACUUGAAAGAAUCGAUGAUCAGCAUAUAUAUAAAAUAAAUGGACAGCACAGAUGUGUGAAAACACAUAUUACAUCUCUGUCUUUUGAUACUGAGUUGCCUCAUGGAUCUUAUAUAUUAUAUAUGCAAUAUACAGGCAAUAUGGAGGAAAAUCUGGGCUUUGUCAAAAUCAAACACAUUAAAUGGGAAAAUACGAUAUCGUACAUAACGGUGCUUGAACCGAACGGAGCUCGACGCGUGUUUCCAUGUUGGGACGAACCAAAGUUCAAGACAACCUUCGACAUCUCUGUCGAACAUUGGCCUGGAUAUUAUGUCUUCUCUAAUAUCAAGGAACAUACGUCUGUGAAACUUGAAGACCGAAUACGGACGAGUUUUAAAAUUACAUACUUAAUGCCUACUUAUCUCGUCACAAUCGGUAUUCUUCAUUCUAUGUAUGGAGACAUGACAGACGACACCGUAUGGUUUAGCAACCAAGUGCCCCUAGAAUCUAUCAAACGUCUACAAGAAAUCGUUAAAUGGACUGAUAAAUAUUUAAUGAACUAUAUGGAUAACUUCUGGAGCAAUUUAUUAACAACCAAUGCCAUCGCAUUUCCGGAGCUACCUAAUAAAAUUAUAGGAAGUUGGCAAUGUGCAGUUUUCAGAGACAGUGACAUCACACAGAAGCCAACACCAGAUUAUUUCAGUGGUUCAAGAAAUAUAUGGGGAACAGUAACAUACGGAUUAAUACGAAAUUACAUCGAAAAUGUUGUCACUCCAUCUAAGUGGUCUCAUUUAUGGUUUAGCAAGGCAUUUGAAUACAAAAUCAGUUACAAUAUCCUUAAAGAGCAUUAUAACACGGAAUGGAUCACGCAACUUUAUGUAGUGCAAGUUUUACUGCCUGCUAUGCAUAACGAUAUUGCUUUCAAUGUGCCACCUAUCAAACAUAAAUAUGAUCGCAUUUACUCUUCUUUAAUUUACAAAAAAGCAUUCGCUAUAUUGAACAUGUUGGAACAAAUCGUUAAAGAGGAUGUGUUCCUGAAAGCCUCUAUCGAGUACAUUAAGAUGCACUUCGCCACACCAAACGAUUUCUUCGAGGCUGUGAAUAUAAUAAUGUUUCGAUCAACGGGCAAAUUUCUAGAUAACACAACGAACCUAAUGACCAGCUGGUUGUCAUACAAAGAGUACCCUACAUUGCUGGUUAAACGAUAUUAUAAUAAUAGAACGAUAAACCUUUCGUAUGAUGACACUGGAAACAACUCAAUUAAACAUAAAGACUGGGUAAUUCCUAUAACUUACAUUGCGCAGAGACAUAAUUAUAAUCAUGAGAAACCUAUGUUGUGGUCAGGUAAUAUUUCAUCGCCGUACAAUAACUCUAUAACAUUUCCUGUGAUCGAUAACAAUGACUGGAUCAUAUUGAACGAGAAAGAAUACGGCUACUAUCGCGUGAAUUAUGAUCAUGACAAUUGGCUGAAAAUCGCGAAUUACCUAAAUAACAACGAUUACUGGAAGAUAUAUACUGUGACUCGUGCUCGGAUCAUCGAUGAUGCGUAUCACUUUGUUAUUGAGGAAAGAAUUAAUACGAUAAUUUACUACAGUUUGAUUAAAUAUUUAAAAAGAGAGACUCAUUAUAUAGUGUGGCAUGCAGUGAUGAAUACCCUGACUUACAUGUCGCCUUUCUUCAAAUUCCGUGAAAGUAAUAAUUUCACGGAAUUGAUGUCGUCUUCCAUAAAUAGUGCUCUGAUGACUAUCGAGGAGAACGAAGAUGAUAAAAAGUUGCACCAAACUUUGCGAUUAUUACUUCUCAAUUGGGCCUGCAAACACGGCGAUCAGAAGUGCAGAAAGAGAGCCAACAUUGAAUUAACGGCACAACUUGACAGUACAAAGAAAUAUGAGAAGGGCUGGAUGGAUUGGUUGUUAUGCGCAGGUCUGAUGAACACACGCAACGACACUUGGGAGAAAAUAAAGCAGCACAUCGCGCACGGAAAUGAUGUAGAAAAUAUAGAAUAUCUGGCUUGUAAUGAAAACGAUGACAUGAUCGUAGAGCUUUUGAAGUCGAUUAUUUUCGACCCUGGCAAUAAUUGGUCACAAGUGACAAGUAUACAGCUGAAAAUAUUAUACAACGCCAUUGUAAAGAAGCAUGCAAGCAAGGAAAAAGUGCUUAAUUUUCUUUUGGAAAACUUCGAUUCUAUAUUUCCCAGUUAUAUGACUAAUACCGAGAAAAUAAGUAAUAUUAUACUGUCCCAAUAUUCCAAGUGCCACAUGCAGAAGAUAUCGAAUUACAUGAUAAAUAAUUUUAAAUGGAACGAAGAUCGAGAUAAAAUUAAUUAUAUUUUAAGAAGGCAUAUGGAUUGGAUAAAUAAACAAAGGUAUAUAUUCGUGCGCCAUUUUACGCAAAAUGCAGUUAUAGAGAAAUGUUGGUUCAACCGGAUCUAACGAUUGUAUGUGUAUUCUGAUUCGUACAAAUAAAUUUUAUUGUUGACUUUGAAAA